AUCGAGAGAAGAUGAGAUAGAUACUCCUUCUCGUAUACUAUACUAUGAAGUGAUUACUUGACACGCUAACGUCCACCUCUCUGGUUCUUUCUCUCUCUUCCUCAGAAGAAAGUAUAUCUGUUUCCUUUGAUAGAAGAAAUAGUUGCCAUGGAAGAAGUUGGGGAGUUUCAAGACUGGGAGUUGCUGAGUCUCGUCCAAUCGCCCGUUUCCAUUGAUAAUUCAAGAGAUUUGGUGGAAAUGGAAGACGACUCUGAAGGCUUUAUUAGGCCUGAUUACUUUUCUAUCGAUUCAGAGAAGAGAUUCGAUAAAAGGGUCUCUGAACGUGACCUUUGCGAAGAGGGUUCUGUCGAUUCUGAUAAUCCCAGUUGGGUUGAUCCGAGUUUGGAACCCAGGAUUGGAGAUGAUGCCAAAAGAGAAGUGGGUUUGGAAGGAAUCGCUCUUGGGCGUAAGAAUUUGGGAGAAUUUUGGUCUGACUCGAGCAGUGAACGAUCGGUUUCCCAGAAAAGCGAUUUGGGUUGUGGAGAUGAUGCAAGAGAUGAAGUGGCUUUUGAAGAAUAUGGGGAAAGUAAAGGAAUUGAACCUAAAAGUAUGGAUUGUGGCGAGUUUUGGUCUGAUUCUGGCGGAGAUGGAUCUUCCCCUGUUAAGGUUGAGAACUCUGAGGGAGACUCUGGCUUGGUCUCUUUCGAUUACGAGCAAGAAAUUAAAGCAGAGGGAUUAAAUGACUCGGAUUCAGGUGUUACGAGGGAGGUUGCAGUAGAGAGAGGUGAAGUUACCGAAGGGAUGGGAGCAGUAUCUCGCGAUGUGGUGAAAGGAGGAGAAGAAGGGAAGAAGAAGAUUGUAUGGUGGAAGGUUCCUUUUGAGCUUCUGAAAUUCUGUGUUUUCAGGGUUACCCCUGUUUGGUCUUUGUCCAUCGCUGCCGCUAUGAUGGGUGUUGUUAUUCUAGGCAGGAGAUUGUACAAAAUGAAGAGAAAGACUCAGGCCAUUCCUCUUAAGAUCACUGUGGAUGAUAAGAAGGUAUCUCAGUUCAUGGUCCGUGCUGCUCGUCUUAAUGAAGCGUUCUCAGUUGUUCGUCGUGUUCCGAUCGUACGACCUUCACUGCCAGCUGCUGGGAUGACUCCUUGGCCCGUCAUGAGUUUGAGAUGAAAACUGUUGUGUUAUAUAGAUAAGAUAAAAAGAGUUCUACAAGGUCAGUUGCAGAAUAUAUUUAUGACUGAUUUCUCAUAUGUAACUAAGUGUUUGGUGAUAGUAGCUUCUGUUUUUUUUUUAUAUUUAAUUUGUAUGGGGUUGUUAAAUGACUUAUUUGGUGAGAUCUAUGGAUGUUUUCUAAAAUUUCUUUCUUAGCGACCUCAAACAAAGCCUCCUCUGCGCUUCAAUUCUCAAAAAUUGUCAUUUUAGCUUU